UUUUCAGCGUCUACUACAGAUUCAAGGCUGCCCUAGCAACCCAAUGGAUGAGCCAACCGUAGCAAAGCACACAGCCCGACCCUCCACCGCUCCGUCGGAGGAACCAGCAGGAGAUCGGGAUGACUAAAAGAGAAUCGCCAGAUGUAGGAUAGUCUACAGCACAGUGUGGCUGACAGUCCUUAAAAGGACUCAAUCGUUACAAGAUUUCUAUUCACGAAAAUGGGAUUUAAGGAAUUGUGCUUUAGCGAAUGAAGGAAGACGCCCGCACGCGAGUUGCUGCUGGACUAGGCUACUCGUGGUCUUCGUUACAUUACACAAUUUUAUGUUACAUUGUGUCGCAUCAGUGGCAAAUUGGACACUUGUAGCUUUCACUCAAGCUUGGGUCGUUAAAAGGACCGCUGAUUGUCAAAUUUUACUUAUGGAACGUAUUUAAGUCAUGGACAGUUUUGUAUUUGAAUUCCAAUCAUGAGAAGCAUUUACAGAAGUUUAAAAAGACAAUAGGCUACGUGAAGUGAAACGGUAAUCUGUCAUCCACACUGCAGUUCUCUUCUCCUGUGCUCCAUCCUGGAAUGGGCCGUUAAUGCUGAGAGUGAUAGAAGACGCGCUUCUUGUUCACCGUUCCACAAUGGAACACAGCAGUCCCUUUCCGUGAGGAUGACUCACAGAGCCAGCCCCGCCAAGGCCUACGACUUUCUGCUCAAGUUUCUCCUGGUCGGGGACAGCGAUGUUGGGAAAGGGGAGAUACUGGCCAGCCUCCAGGAUGGGGCCACCGAGUCUCCUUAUGGUUACAACAUGGGUACGUGUGCAAGAUGGGGAAGAAACGGAAUUGACUAUAAGACGACCACUAUCCUCCUUGAUGGAAGAAGAAUCAAACUCCAACUAUGGGACACCUCGGGCCAAGGUCGCUUCUGCACCAUAUUUAGAUCUUACUCAAGAGGGGCACAGGGAGUUAUCUUGGUCUAUGACAUCAGCAAUCGCUGGUCCUUCGAUGGCAUUGACAGGUGGAUCAAGGAGAUAGAUGAGCAUGCACCAGGAGUGCCAAAAAUCCUGGUAGGGAACCGCCUGCACCUGGCCUACAAGCGUCAGGUAACCACGGAGCAAGCCCAGCUGUACGCUGAGAGGUUAAAGGUCACGUUCUUUGAGGUCAGCCCCCUUUGCAACUUCAACAUCACAGAGUCCUUCACAGAGCUGGCCCGGACGGUACUGAUGAGACAUGGGAUGGAGAGACUAUGGAAGCCCAACAGAGUGCUGAGUCUACAGGACUUGUGUUGUCGCUCCAUUGUGUCAUGCACCCCGGUCCACCUGGUGGACAAGCUGCCUCUGCCUCUGGCCCUGCAGUCACACCUCAAGUCCUUCUCCAUGGCCAACGGCCUCAACGCACGCAUGAUGCAUGGACGCUCCUACUCCGUCAUAGCCAACACUCCCAGUGAUCACAGUGCCAUCAAGAGGACAGGAGGGGUAUUGCUGAAGAAACCCAAACUCAUCCGCCCACCAGUCAGCCCAGCCCAGAGCUGUGCGCGUAACAGCUGCAAGAUAUCCUAGCAAUAGCAGUACAGAAAGGGAGAGUUUGCAGGAUGGGAAGCUGUCUCAGAGGGAACAGGAAAUGGCCCCUGCUCAGAACAGCUAUUCUGUGCUAAAACAACGCAGAGCUUCAGGCCCUAAGCUAUGAGCUGGGAGAGCAGAGCUGGAAAGGUGCCAUAGCCAAGAGAGGCUGGAUACACCCUUAACAAGGCCGUAAAUGCUAAUGUCCUAUCGGUUCAGUCCACGAAUGCAGUCCUUCAAAGGCAUCCUUACGUGUCACUGAGUGCAUGUGAAUAAAUGACUACGGCUCGAGAAAACCUUUUCACAACAAUGCUUUAAAAUGCUUCUCUCACUUUAUGUAAUGUGGCAUUUCAAACCAGCAACUCUUGAAGAAAAAAAAUGUUUUUGUGUAUUAUAUUUGUACUAUAGAAAAUGUGUCCGUUUGAUACUAUAUUGUUGUUAUUCGCAGUAGGGUUUGUACCUGGUUUCAGUUUACAGUGUACAAUCUUUGAAGAGGUGACUCAACACCAAAGACAGACAAACAAAUGCGCCUGUUUUGCACAAUAAUAAAUAUUGAUAACACCCUUUCAAAUAAAUUUCACAAACAAUC